AUGAAUAAACAUCUGUAUUUACAGGUGACUGUUUUCAACGGAUACUUUGAAAGCAAACCCGGCAGAGAAACUGCUCACACUCGCUACAAUGACAAAGCUGUCAUUGGUUUUUUGAUCUUCCUCAUAUCCGCCGCUCUGCUUCUGGUGGCCUGCGUGUGCUACAGGAAGCUCAGAAAGCGUAGGAGUGACGUGGAUGAAAAUGUGGCUCCGGAAGCAAUUUACAUGAACACACGACCUCCUGGGUGGCGUCAUAAAGAAGCUCAGUAACCAAGAACAUCGCGGAGCAUCAAACUAAAUCUCCAUAAACUCUUUAUGUUUAUUAUUUAAGUUGUUCAGUCUUCAUUUGGUCAUUUUUCCAUUUUAGCAAUAAAAAACUACUUAUUUUGUUU